CUCCGCUCCCGUUCCCCGAGUUAAUCCGCAAAGUCACACUUCUCGAUCAUGAUCCAAAUGUACUAUCAUGCGCAACAGAAUUCUUACAGGCGCUUGAUCCCUCUGCGCCCACUCCGCAUGGUGCAUCUACGAUCAAAGCUUUAUCUUUGUGCACUGUUGUGGGCUGGCUUUCACAUAUACGGAAGUUUGUAUCCGGACAUAAUACCACUGUGCCGAGAGCUCAUAUUCGUCGUAUCAACAUGUCUGCAAAACGCGCCAUUCUUCUACUGCGGAAAAUGGUGAUCGAACAUGAGAAAGUACACAUGGAUAAAAGUUCAUCCCACCGUAAUCUUGCGAGGCAUCUCGAUUUCCUUGCAUCGAUUUCUGCCGACAACUCUUCUCAUUGGAGUGACUAUUGUGAGAAGCUGAGGACGUACUCUGUCAACUUUUGCAAACGAUUGCUUGUUGCCACGUCACAACAGGUGCACACGUCACCAGCAUCUUUGGUGAACUCAGACCACGAUGAGCCAUCCUGUUUGCCGUGCGACAGACCGUGCUUUUCUCACCUUCAGCGAUCGGUAUUCGACGAGCUUUCGAACAUGUAUCCAGAUGCACAACUAAGCCGCUGUCAACCCAACGCGUUGUGGAAACGCGCUUUUGAGGUCAGUGGUGUCAUGGACGUUGUACACACGGUUUCAUCCGGAUGUUCGAAGAGUCUGGCUUCCAAGCAGUCUACCAAUGAAUGUGAGAUUAUUGAUGCAACUAUGCGGACUUUCAUCGUACAGCUGAAGGGUCAUCUCGCUGAGCUACGUUGCCUGUUUGACCUUUGCACUAAUCCCGGCGGGGACAUCCAGUCUGAAGACAAACGACCAGUUUUGAAGAGGAAACGAUCGUCCGAUUUGUCUUCUCCAAGCAAACCCGCGAGGCUCAAGCGGCGGCCCUGUCUGGGAGUGGAUAUGGAUUCAUCUGAAGAGAUUACGACAGUUUUUGAUACUCCUAAGACGCGAGCUGCUUCAGCUCAUUGCCGUUUUUCCGACUCCACUAUCUCCGCUGGACGUCCCACUCGGGCUACACAGAAAUCUCUGGUCCCCAAAGAAUACUUCACCAAGUUUGUUGGCACCGUAGCCACACCUCCCCCAUCCCCUGCGCCAGCAACUCAAAUGAAGGAAGUCUUUCGGCUAGACAGUGUUCCACCUGGACAGAAACGUGUACCUUGGUCAGUGGAGGAAUCCAUCGCUUUGUGGCAUGGAGUGACAACACACAAAGGCAACCGCUGGGCUGACAUAUGGCACCAAUCGUUCAAACGUAGUGGACGCAGUCAAGUGGACCUAAAAGACAGGUGGCGCGUAAUUCAACGUAACCAUACCAUACGUGACGCGAUCGCGCGUGCCUACGAGGCAUGGGUAUGCGACCAAAAGAACCAUUUGGAUCGCCUCCCCUGUGGUGCUUUGCCCACUCCGGUGAUUGUACGCUCGCCAGCAUUGUAG